GUGAAGUGAUCCGUCUCUUGGCAGUCUUCAGCUGCACUCUCUGAACUCCUGAAUCUGUGAGGAGAACCAGGACUCAGCGUCACUGCUUGCAAAGAUGACAGAGCUUCUGGAGACACUGGGACAUUUGGGAGAGAAGGAACUGAGAUAUUUUAAGUGGUAUCUGCAGAAACCUGAAUUUCUGGAUGGUUUACCAGCCAUCCCAAAGAAUGAUCUUCACACAGCUGACAAACAGAAAACAGUAAAUUUGAUGACCCAGAUAUACAAAACUGAAGAUGCUGUGGAAGUCACAAGGAAGAUUUUGGACAAAGUGAAGACUCAUACAAAUAAACCUUCACAAGUUUUGCUGACACAAAAAGAACCAGCUCAGACAUUUUCAUCAGAAGAGGCUUUUCAAAAGUGUCAGCCUAAAUUCAAAGAGAAGCUGAAGCAGAGGUUCCAGCGUGUGUUUGAAGGGAUUCCUAAUGAAGGAACCCCGACCCUCCUGAAUCAGAUCUACACAGAGCUCUACAUCACAGAGGGAGUUACAGAAGAGGUCAAUCACGAACAUGAGGUCAGACGAAUUGUAACAGCAUCCAGGAAACCAGACGGACCAGAAAAAACAAUCAGACAGGAAGACAUCUUUAAAGGCUCACCUGGAAGCGAAAUCAGAACAGUCCUGAUAAUGGGAGUGGCUGGCAUUGGGAAAACAGUCUUAACACAAAAGUUCACUCUUGACUGGGCUGAAGACAAAGCCAACCAGGACAUCCAGUUCAUAUUCCCAUUCACUUUUAGAGAGCUGAAUGUGCUGAAACAGGAAAAGUUCAGCUUGGUGGAACUUGUUCAUCACUUCUUUCCUGAAACCAAAGAAGCAGGAAUCUGCAGCUUUGAACACUUCCAGGUUGUGUUCAUCUUUGAUGGUCUGGAUGAGUGUCACCCUCCCCUGGACUUUGACAAGACUGAGAGUGUGACUGAUGCUACAGAGUCAACCACAGUUCAUGUACUUCUCACAAACCUGAUCAGGGGGAAACUGCUUCCUUCUGCUUGCCUCUGGAUAACCACACGACCUGCAGCAGCUAGUCAAAUCCCUCCAGACCGUGUUGACAUGGUGACAGGGGUCAGAGGGUUCACUGACCCACAGAAGGAGGAGUACUUCAAGAAGAGAUCCAGAGAUGAGGAGCAGGCCAGCAGGAUCAUCUCCCAUAUCAAGACAUCACGAAGCCUCUACAUCAUGUGCCACAUCCCAGUUUUCUGCCAGAUCACUGCUACAGUUCUGGAGGAUGAGCUUACAAGGAAAUUUCUCAGAGGAGAGCUGCCCAAGACCCCAACUCAGAUGUACAUCCACUUCCUGGUGGUUCAGACCAAGGUGAAGAAGGUCAAGUAUGAUGAAGGAACUGAGACAGAGAACAGGAAGAUGAUAGAGACUCUGGGAAAACUGGCUUUUGAUCAGCUGCAGAAAGGAAACCUGAUCUUCUAUGAAUCAGACCUGACAGAGUGUGGCAUCGAUAUCAGAGCAGCCUCAGUGUACUCAGGAGUGUUCACACAGAUCUUUAAAGAGGAGAGAGGGCUGUACCAGGACAAGGUGUUCUGCUUCAUCCAUCUGAGUGUUCAGGAGUUUCUGGCUGCUCUUCAUGUCCAUCUGACCUUCAUCAACUCUGGACUCAAUCUGCUGGAAGAACAACAAACAACCUCCCAGAAGUCUGAAACAAGAGAAUAUGCAGAAAAAUCCUUCUACCAGAGUGCUGUGAACAAGGCCUUACAGAGUCCAAAUGGACACCUGGACUUGCUCCUCCGCUUCCUCCUGGGUCUUUCAUUGCAGACCAAUCACAAUCUCCUACUAGAUCUGCUGACACUGACAGGAAGUAGCUCACAGACCAAUCAGGAAACAGUCCAGUACAUCAAGGAGAAGCUCAGUGAGAAUCUGUCUGCAGACAAAAGCAUCAAUCUGUUCCACUGUCUGAAUGAACUGAAUGAUGGUUCUCUAGUGGAGGAGAUCCAGCAGUCCCUGAGAUCAGGACGUCUCUCCACAGAUAAACUGUCUCCUGAUCAGUGGUCAGCUCUGGUCUUCAUCUUACUGUCAUCAGAAGAAGAUCUGGAUGUGUUUGACCUGAAGAAAUACUCUGCUUCAGAGGAGGCUCUGCUGAGGCUGCUGCCAGUGGUCAAAGCCUCCAACAAAGCUCUACUGAGCAGUUGUAACCUGUCAGAGAGAAGCUGUGAAGCUCUGUGCUCAGUUCUGAGAUGCCAAGCAUCUAGUCUGAGAGAACUGGACCUGAGUAGCAACAACCUGCGGGAUUCAGGAGUGACGCUACUGUUGGCUGGACAGGACAGUCCAAGCUGCAAACUGGAAACUCUAAGAUUAAGUGAUUGUAAACUCUCAGAAAGAAGCUGUGAAGCUCUGUCAUCAGUUCUCAGCUCUCAGUCCUGUAGUCUGAGACACCUGGACCUGAGUAACAACAACCUGCAGGAUUUAGGAAUGAAGCUUCUGUCUGUUGGACUGAAUAGUCCACACUGUACACUUGAAACUCUCAGUCUGAGUGGCUGCAACCUCUCAGAGAGAAGCUGUGACACUCUGUCCUCAGUUCUCACAUCCCAAACUUCUUGUCUGAGAGAGUUGGACCUAAGUAACAAUGACCUGCGGGAGUCAGGAGUGAAGAUGCUGAAGAGUCCAAACUCUACAAUUAUCAGGGCGGAGCCUGCUGGAGUGCGAUGGCUGAUCCCAGGUCUGAGGAAGUAUUCCUGUCAACUCACUAUCGACACAAACACAGUACACAAGAGACUCAAACUGUCUGACAACAACAAGAAGGUGACACGUGUGGAGGUUCAGUCAUAUCCUGAUCAUCCAGACAGGUUUGAUGUCUAUUAUCAGCUGCUGUGUAGAGAUGGUCUGACUGGUCGCUGUUACUGGGAGGUCGAGUGGAGCGGAGGCGCUGAAAUAUCAGUGAGUUACAGAAGAAUCAAAAGGAAAGGAGUUAGUAAUGACUGUGGGUUUGGAUGGAAUGAUCAGUCCUGGAGUCUGAGCUGCUCUGAUGAUGGUCCUCGUUCUGUCUGGCACAAUAACAGAGGAACGUCCAUCUCCUCCUCCUCCUCCUCCUCCUCUCUCUCUAACAGAGUAGCAGUGUAUGUGGACUGUCCUGCUGGCACUCUGUCCUUCUACAGAGUCUCCUCUGACACUCUGAUCCACCUCCACACCUUCAACACCACAUUCACUGAACCUCUUUAUCCUGGGUUUUGGGUUGGGUUUGGUGCCUCAGUGUUUCUGUACUCCUGAGCGUCCUCCUGUUAGAGAAACACUCUGAUCACUCAAUUCAGUUCAGUUCAAUUUAUAUACUGCCAAAUCACAACAAACAGUCACCUCAAGGACAAAAGACACACUGUGUUAGAGACCCAGAGAUUAAAAAAACCUCACGAUUAAUUGCAGAGUGGCAGCCACUACAUUUAUACUAUGACCUCAUAACACCAUUGGCCAGGUGAUUAACAAUACAAGAGAAUACCAGAAAUGAUUUCCCUUCUGCUACACACUCAUACAUAACACACAGCACAGUGAGAUCUUCUGACCAAAAUCUGUUGGUGGUUCCUCGCUCUAAACUGAAAACUAAUGGAGACUGUACAGAUGAGGUUGCAGCUCCUAAACUCUGGAAUAUACCACCAUUACACCUGAGAUCUACUACUAUUGAAUCUUUUAAAGAGCAGCUUUCCUCCCACAGUCCAAACAUAUGCACUUAGUGGGGUUAGGUUAACUGGAGAGUCUGAAUUGUCCAUAGGUGUGAAUGGUUGUCUGUCUCUCUGUGUUACCCUGUGACAGGCUAAUCACCUGUCCAGGGAGUAUACUGGAAUAGGCUCUAGCCUCUCCAGGACCCUGAAAAGGAUAAUUGGAAGAAAAUUGAUGGCAUUUACCACAUGUAACAUGGUAAUCUGAUUUUAUAAGAAUGAUUCAACAAACUACAUGUAUUCUCACACUUAAUAUCCUAAUCUUUACUUUCAUUGAAUAUACUUGAUGGAAUUUCACUCUUAUUUGAAGGUCAUUUAAUAUAUUACAUAUAAUCUGCAUGGCAAAAUGUUUUGUGUGCCUUAGUGAGUAAACUGUAUGUGAACUCAGAGUUCUGCCUCUGUGUUGUAUGCCUUAUAUGCUGCCCCAGCCUGGUAUACUUGGUCCUGAAAGGAGGUUGUGGUACAGCUGGCAGCUAAAAACACUUAGGGUGGCAAAGUGUUUAUACUCAACAUUUUUUUUUCUAUUUUUUUAAGCCUGUCAUGUCUGGCAGUUUUCACAAUCAGAAUGAUGAUCUGAAUGCACUGGUGUACCAAACAUAUUUGCUUUUACAAGAGCAGCUCUAUAAGUGUUCUAUAUGCUACUCUUGUUAAUGUUUGUAUUUUUCAUGUAUUUUUUCAUGCCAGGCCUGACAGGCAGGAAAGAAGGGGUUAGAAGAGGGAUAAGUGUGUGCGUGCGUGUGUGUGUGUGUGUGUGUGUGUGUGUGUGUGUGUGUGUGUGUGUGUGUGUGUGUGUGUGUGUGUGUGUGUGUGUGUGUGUGUCUGUCUGUCAUGGAACAUACUCAAUAAUGAGGGAAAGAAGCCGCAACCACGCCCCUCAGGACAGGGAAGGACACAGGGGACCCGGGCAAUCCACAGCCUACCAGGAGCCCAGAAGACCUGAGGUUGCACAUCCAGUUGGCAACUGCGUGCACACCCCAGAGGCAGAAGCAGGGAGACCUCAGACAGAGCCUCCGCGGUCAAAGGGAAAGAACCUAGAUAGCCAGAGGCAAUAAGCAGCCCACUCCAUCGCAGGCCAGCUCCCCCAGCAAGAGCCGAGAACACGGCCCCGAGGCCCCAGGCACCUGAGAACCACCCCGACGCCCAGCAGAGCCCCCACACACAAAAGAGGCCCGAGCCACCCCUAGGCCACAACUGCCAGGGGAGCGGGCAAAAAGCCAUGCCAUACUCAAGAAGAUUUAAUCUAGAGGGGAGAUGCUGCAGGGCAGGCCGGUUAAAACAAACUGGAGAUCAGUUGGGCCUGAUAUGUGUGCCACAUUAGGCAUGCUUCACAUAGAGGCAAUUACCACACUGAUGCUCAUACACGGUCUAGUGUUUGUACGCAUUACUUUUUUUAAAUUAAUAAACUAGGACGGGUCUACCUCGAUCUAUAUUUAUGAGAGAGCCCAGGUCAAUUUGUCUUUGUCUAAAGCUGGUACAUGUGUGUAAGGCAUACACCCCAGGAAUGCUUUUGCUUUUUUUUGCCUGCUAAAUUUGCUGUUUUUGUGCAUGUUUAAAUAAACUGUUUUGCCAUAAAGUGCACUUUUCUCCAGAUGAUCUUUUUUAGAGUGUUUUUACUUUUAAUAAAAUCCAAAAAGCUAAAUCCACAAAGUACUGACCAGACAAAUUGAUCAUUUUGGCCCAAGAUCUUUCACCCAACAAGAAGAGGGCAGCUGUAGCACAGUUAGUGAGUCAGGCAGUAUUGAGGAUUGGUAAGGACAAAGUGAGAGCAGGUAUCAAAGGUGGUUGGUCCAGACAACAUAUCUGUGGAGUUAUGGGGAGAGGGCAGUGGAAUUUUUAACCAGACUGUUUAAGACAAUCUUGGACAGUGAUAGGAUGCUGAGGAAUGGAGAAGAAGUGUACUGGUACUGAUGUUCAUUAA